AUUAAAAGCUGCUGACGUCAAAGGGGCGGCCAUCUUUGAUGAGGGCAGAGCUCACGUUGCAUUGAAGGCGAAACCUCGGGGAGGUCAGGCUCUAUCUUUCCUUCCCUCCCUGCCCCGUAGCUCCGGCACACUCAAAACCUGCAGACACCCAGUGAACACCACCCUCCGGAGAAGAAGCCAAGGUUCCGUGGCCAAGGGCAUCACUGACCCCCUGGCCAGGCGUCCAGCCACCCGCCCACCACUACCAUGGCCGAAGAUGCAGACAUGCGCAAUGAGCUGGAGGAGAUGCAGCGGAGGGCUGACCAGCUGGCUGAUGAGUCGCUGGAAAGCACCCGGCGUAUGCUGCAACUGGUAGAAGAGAGUAAAGAUGCUGGUAUCAGGACUUUGGUUAUGUUGGAUGAACAAGGAGAACAACUCGAUCGUGUCGAAGAAGGCAUGAACCAUAUCAACCAAGACAUGAAGGAGGCUGAGAAAAAUUUAAAAGAUUUAGGGAAAUGCUGUGGCCUUUUCAUAUGUCCUUGUAACAAGCUUAAAUCAAGUGAUGCUUACAAAAAAGCCUGGGGCAAUAAUCAGGACGGAGUUGUGGCCAGCCAGCCUGCUCGUGUGGUGGAUGAACGGGAGCAGAUGGCCAUCAGUGGUGGCUUUAUCCGCAGGGUAACAAAUGAUGCCCGAGAAAAUGAAAUGGAUGAAAACCUGGAGCAGGUGAGCGGCAUCAUUGGAAACCUCCGUCACAUGGCCCUGGAUAUGGGCAAUGAGAUUGAUACACAGAAUCGCCAGAUCGACAGGAUCAUGGAGAAGGCUGAUUCCAACAAAACCAGAAUUGAUGAGGCCAACCAACGUGCAACAAAGAUGCUGGGAAGUGGUUAAACAUGUCCACCUGUGCUUCCUUCUGAGCACUGUCAAGCAAGAUAGCUCUUUCAUGCUUUUCUCAUGGUAUUACCUAGUAGGUCUUGCACACACACACACACACACACACACACACACAGACACACACACACACAACCAGUCCAUCCUCGUUGUGAAUGUUGUCCUGUGUCAUCUGUUAGCUUCCUGACAAUACUGUGUCAUUUGUUUUCUCUGGAUCUCUUUUCUUCCAAAGGUUGCAUAUAGUGGUCAUUGGGUGGCUUAAAUGCUCUAUGUAAGAUGUCUUGGAUUCCAUUUUUCCAUUUCUCUCCUCAGUGGCGUUUGCUGAAUGACAACAAUUUAGGAAUGCUCAAUGUGCUGUCGAUUCUUUCAAUACACAGUAUUGUUCUCGUAAAACUGUGACAUUCCACAGAGCUACUGCCACAGUCCUUUCUUUGGGUGUCAGGCUCUGAAUCUCUCAAAAUGUGCCGUCUUUGGUUCCUCAUGGCUGUAAUCUGUCUUUAUGAUUUUAUGAUUAUACAAUGUGGAAUUUACAUAACAGACAUUGCACUAAAAGUGAUGUGAUUUAUGCAUUUAUGCAUGAGAACUAAAUAGAUUUUUAGAUUCCUACUUAAACAAAAACUUUCCAUGACAGUAGCAUACUGAUGAGAAAACACACAUGCAACAGCAACAGUAACAAAACAACAAAGCAUGCUCAGUAUUGAGACACUGUCAAGAUUAAGUUAUACCAGCAAAACCGCAGUAGUGUCACUUUCUUUCUGUUAACAUAUAGACUUAUCAGUCAUGCUCAUCCUUUUUAAAAAAAAAAACAAUUUUAAAAAAAGAUUUGGCAAACACACUCCAUUUAGUCAUUUCCAGCAAGAUAUGUGUUUGGCUGAAAUGAUGUCAAGAUGAUGUAAUAUAGGGUUUGUUUGUGGCUUUUGAAGGCUAUGUUUUGGAGAAAGCAAUUAUGGGGUGAAACUGUGGAAAUGUAAAUUUUAUAAGGCUGACUCUUGUUGAUCACCAUUUCCCCUGUGAUUUGUUACCAGUACAAUUCUUUGUUGCUUAACCUAGAGCUAUGCACACCAAAUUGCUGAGAUGUUUAGUAGCUGAUAAAGAAACCUUUAAAAAAUAAUAUAAAUGAAUGAAUUAUAGAUAAACUGUGAGAUAAAUAUCAUUACAGCAUGUAAUAUUAAAUUCCUCCUGUCUCCUCUGUCAGUUUGUGAAGUGGUUGACAUUUUGUAGCUAGUUUAAAAUUAUUAAAAAUUAUAGACCCCA